ACGAGUGUAAGAGAUCAUUCGUUUGUCACAAGAUGCCAAAGAAAAAGGGAAAAGGAAGUAAGCUGGCUCGCAUGAGCGACGAGGAACGUGCUCGUUACUUGCAGCAUCGAGCAGAAUUGGAAUUAGAGGCCAAACGACGCAAACAGCAGCUGAUUGCAGCUUUUACAAAGAAUAAGUUAAAACGUGAAGAAGCAUUCUCGCGAUUAAAUACUGCGAAAAUCAACGAACAAUGGAGAUUUAUUCUACGACGAAUCAAGUGCAAGGAGCUUCGCGAAGACAUGGAGUAUAUGUGGAAAAAUUUCGAUCGCAUGAUGAAAACAAAGGAUUCUAUAAUACAACGUUUAUAUAACGAGUUAGAUGCGGCAGAUUUGGAUCACAGAAGGCUACAAGAGGCUCAUAUUCAAAUAAUAGAUCUCAUAUUCGGAAAGUACAAGCAAAUAUGUACUCGAUUACAUGGGUCCUUCGUACAUGAACGUGAUCAUAUCGCUUCAAACGAGGUGGAAGAAUUGAAUCGAAUUCGAAAGAAUCUAGAACAACGUUGCGAACAAGUGCAAAGUAUAAUCUUUAAGCAAGAUAAACAGAUAGAACACACACUAACGCAAACGAAAAUUCAAAAUGCCAUUAACACAUAUAGUGUUGUAUAUCUGAAGGAAGACUCCGUAUCGCAUUUAAUGCAAUACACUUCUAAUGAGAUUGAGAAAUUGUGGCGACAGCUUAAUGAGACGAUAACCGAGUACGAAAGAAGCACAAGAGACAAAAGAAAACAGUAUGAGUACUUGAAGGAACAAGACGAUGCUUAUCAUGCCGAUGUGGCGCAAUAUCCGAAAUUACACACACAAUUGCAGAACGUGAUUAAAAAUCUAAAACAGGACAUGCAAGCAUUAGCACAGAAACGCGAACAGACUAUAACGGAACUUAAGGAUCACAUUGUGCAGAUGGGGAAGAGACUUCAGAGCUUGAGGCAGGAAUUCUCGAUGGUACGAAUGCUGGACGCUACACAAUUGAAAAAAUUAACCAUUAUCAGCGCCAGUGUUCUGAAAGAGUUGCAGAGAAUUUCAGAGAAAGGCACGAUGCUGCUUUCGUUGUUAAAAAUGUGUUCGAACUUAGAGCCAUUUUCGCUAACUGUUCAAAAAUACACUCUACGCGAUACAGGAUCCAGGAUAGCUUUUACUAGCUGCAUGUCGGAGCCGUUUGACAAGUUGGAGAAAUUUUGGGAACAGUAUAAUUACAUUAAAGCCGACAAUAUUUUUAUGAAGAAAGAGUGUGACAAGCUGUCGUUCGAAAACAAACAGUUGAGAAACACAUUGCGUACAUAUCUCAUAACAGUUUCCAGAACUCCGGCUGCACGGCCAUUUACUUCUGUUGUCGUAUGAAAGUAUAGUACUUAUAUUUCUACUAUAUCCAAA